AUGCAGAGUCUCCCACACGGAUGGCGGAUGCACAAUAGCACCGCAGAUGUCAGUGGCCCGCCAAUUCCAGACGCUGAGAGCGAGGAUGGUUCCGACGUGGAAGAUGUCGACAUCAAGCCAGACUCCGAAGGCUGGGAGGACUUGGAAGAAGACACGGAAGAAGUUGCCAUCCAAUGUUUACUUUGCGAAGAGAAAUUUGCGAAAGUGGACACCAUGGUCAAUGACCAUUGCAGAGCUUUACACGAUUUCGAUCUUCAGGAGAUCCGUCGCAAACUAAAUUUCUACGGCACCAUCAGACUGGUCAAUUAUAUUCGAUCGGAAGUGCUCUCAGGUCAUGGCGUCCCCAAUGUAUCCUCUCCUGAAGCCUGGGCAGACGACAAAUUCUUGCAACCAGCAUUAGCGGAUGAUGCUUUGCUCUUCAGCCUCGACGAGCUCGAGGAGCCCAGUCAGCAAGAUUCGGCUUAA